UAUAAAACGACCCGGAAGUCAAAAAACGUAUGUUUAUAGAAAGUAACUGUAGAAAGUGCUCAUAUUCAGUCUCCUACACUCCUCUCUUCUCUUCCCUUCCAACCCGGGUAUUGAUACACCCCCCUUUCUCCCCUAUAACGAUAUACCUCCCCCCCUCUAAGUGUCUACUGAGCCUUUUCAAGUCGAACAUUCGCGAACAACAACAACUCCAAUCCACUUCACUCCAAUCCACUCCACUUCACUCCACUCCACCCCAAACCAUGCCCCAAGCACAAAAUAUCCUCAUCGUCGGUGCCACCCGUGGCCUCGGCGCUGCCCUCGCCAACCUCUACGCCUCCCAAACCUACACUACUGUCUACGCUACCACUCGAAGAGACUACGCGCCUCACUUAACAGAAAAAGGGGACGAAUUUAGAGAGAAUAUUAUUUGGCUGACGGACAUUGAUGUGGAAAAGCGUGGGGUAGGUGUUAGAUUAGUGGAUCAGUUGUUGGCUCAUGGUACGCGAGAGAGGCAGGCGAAGGGGGGGUUUGAUGUUGUGAUCUACACACCAGGCUAUCACAAAGAGGAUUACGAAAAUCUCAAGAGGGGUCCGGAUUGGGACCUGGAAAUCAAAACAUACACAAUAAUAGCCAUCUCCCCUACCUUCAUAAUCCAAAACCUUCACGCGAACGGUUUCCUCACCCGCGGCGGCAGAAUCGUCCUUGUCUCCUGUGAAUCCGGGUCUAUCACACUCCGCCACCCUAAAGAAGACGGCGGUGACUACGCACAUCGCGCCUCUAAAGCUGCGCUCAACAUGGUCGGGAAACUUCUUAGUUUCGAGCUAAAGGAUGACGGCGUGAUUGUGACUACGGUGCAUCCGGGGCUUAUGCGAGAGGAGAUGACGAGAACGAUGAGGGGUGUUUCCAAAUACUGGAAAGAUAAGGGUGCGGUCAGUGAGGAGGAUGCAGCGGGGAGUAUUCUAUGCUGGGAGGAGACCUUGACGAUGGAGAAGACGGGGGAGUUUUGGGCGCUUGAAGGGCCGAAGGGUCUUGCAACGGCGGAGGAGACUAUUGGAAAGAACCUUCCUAAGCCUUUACAGCUACCAUGGUAGAUGAAAGAACGGCUUUUGAGAUGGAAAGAACAAAAAUGGUCUAGAGAUGACUCUUCCGCAGUGGAAUUCUAGCUUCCUAGCUCUUCUCAGAACGUAGCAUACAGAAUACAAACCCGUG